AUGAACAGCGACUCGUCCCGCGGGGUGCAAUUCCCUUCAGCUGCAAGCAUGGAGGUCAUCGCACAAAAUAUACAAAUUUUGUCUGAAAAGACACUAAGAGAUAUCGCCAAAGGCCCAUUGAUCAAAUUUACCCUAUCAUGUGAUGAUCAGGAGAAAGUAAACCGAGUGUGGCAGUCAUUGAGCAAGACACUAUCAUCGCCGUCUCUUGACCACCUGCAUACAACCGCUGCAUGCAAUGCGGCAUCUGCCUUCCUUGAUGCAGCUGCAAAUUCUCCAAUUAAAGAAACCAAGCAACUUGCUUUGUCACCAGAAGUAUGGCUGGCUGUCUUCGACGUCUUCAUGACUAGAUAUGAGGACGUUAGGCCCAAGCCACUGAAGCAGCUGUUGGCCUCUCUCACGACCAUCUUGGUCAAGCAUUACAAGGGAGAAACUAGAAUCAUGGUACAAAAUGCCGUUGUGCAGUCAAUUCUUCCUUGCAUUAUCCUGGGUGAACCACGCUCGCGAUUAAAGGGCUCCCUCGUGUGCUUAGAGAUGUUCAUCCGAAAGGGUGCCAUCUCCCCAUCCGAAUUGAUUCCCUUGGUACGAAGCUGGCUUUUGGAUUCUCGGGAUCAAUGGGUUCCGUUUUUCAAGAAGGACCAGGAUGCUAUCUAUCCUGGAGUGUCUGAUUCUACAGUGAUGUCAAGCGAGCCAUCCGAGGAAGUGGCAGGAAGAAUCCUCGUACUUGGUCUUUUGACCCAAACCAACAACCGCGGCAUGGCUGGAACUUCGGGUAAUAUCUUGGCUGCUUUCCUGCAAAAGCUAAAGGCAGAAAGCCCAGAUAAACAGAUGUCAAGAAUCUGGAUUCACCCUGCGAGACAUAUGUUGCUACAGAACCUAGACUCUGUGGAAGUCCUCUCAAUCCAAAUCAUGGAGCCAAUUUUCAACACUGAUCCGGCUGGCUUUUUGCCUUUCGUUGAAACUCUUCCUUUGCGCAGCCUCAUGGCUGGUGAUAUGACCGAAGGAUCACAGUCAGAAUAUAUGCUUCUUUUUGUCUCUCUGCAAGUGGGAAAGAAGGUUAACUUAGUUCAUGAUGACUAUGACGCCUCCAAAAAGGCCAGCCCUCACAAUUUGGUCUUGAAGAGUGAGGUUAUCGGUAGUUUCUUACUCCACCGAGACCCGACCAUCCGCGUGGCAGCCUUGUCCCUACUCAUUACGGCAUUCUCAACAUCGAAGCCAUUCACAAAGGCUGCCACCAGUGCUAUCCUGAGGGGACUGCCGUCUAUGCAUGCGGACUCUGACGCCUUCAGCAGAGGAGAGAUUAUGAGUCUCACCCGGAAGUUCAUUAUUCGUUUGAAGAGUGGCAUCCUGACAGAAGAGGGAGUUUCGGCGGCACCAAAGGCGAAAGCUGGCAACGGGCCCACAACUUCGCCUGGGAGUGAUUCUGAGACGAAGAGCUUCCUUAGUGACUACGUUAAAUUCGUUCAGAGUGAUCUUUGUGUCACAGCAUCCUACCCUCGCCACAUUACAGCAUUGAAGGCUCUAAAGCUACUACUGGAGUCUGGCCUUGACGGACGAACAACUCCCAACCUUAUCAAAUCCGAAGUCCAAACGCGCUGGAAUGUCCACUUGGAAGUCUUUAAUUCUCGUCUUCUCAGAUUGCUGGUAGAUCUUCUUCUGGAUCCGUUCGAGGAGGUUCGACAAACAUCACUCUUGAUUAUCAACCUGUUUCCUUCCGAUAUUCUCAUCGGAGGCCUUUCGGAUAAUGCGGGCCCAGUGGGAAUGCGCUUAACAGACGCUCUUGCUAGAGCGGAAAGUCUUGCAAGCAAGACAAGCCGCGCAGACCAUGCAGAUACAGUUGCCCGUCUCUACCAUAUAUUUUUCUCCGCGGCUCCGUCGCAAGCUGCGUCUGAGACUACCAAUGAUUGGUGGGCAACCAAAUACACAGUAGUUGACACAAUCCUGACUCGACUUGAAGAACGCCUUUCGUCUCCUAAGGGUUUGUUCAACUCUGCUAUGCAACAAGCUCCCCUUCACGGAUACAUGUCUGGGCUUCGUUGUAUCAUUCUCGUUCCUGACUUUUAUUCCCAUGUUUCAGUGGACUCCAAUCCAUCUACCUGGAAGUCUGUCCAUGACAGAAUUGUGUCGAUCUGCGAUAGUGUUUGGCAGGAGGUGAAGCCUGUACUCUGCAUUGACUCCCCAGAAGGUCAUUCCGAUCAGCCCCUCGAAGAUUUUGAAGUCGGACCAAAGGACAUUCUGUCCUAUUCCUGGAGAUCCUUACGAGAAUCGAGUCUCUUGUUGCAUGCCACUAUGACCAAUUUGACCUAUGGACCGGCGGGUGAUCAGGGCCUUCAGCGAGCUGACUUUGAGAAUGUCGGCCGAGUUAGCUUCACUCAACUGGCUGAGCUCCGUCACAGGGGUGCAUUCUCCACCGUGUCCACGACAUUUGCCACCUGUUGCCAGCGAUGCACUGACUCCAAAGACGCAUCCAUUCAGGAGCUCCCAGUCCUUUGGUAUCAAGAAGCCAAAUCGACCAUUUUUGAGUCCGCUGCAAAGCUCACUCGUAGAUCUGCUGGUUUGCCUGCCUUGGUAACUGGCGUUCUUUGCUCCAGCCCCGGAACACCAUUCUUCAAGCAGGCAUUUAAUGAGCUCUACGAAAUCUCGCGCCUUCCUGUGGAUUACGAUAAGGAUCAGCAGUACUUGAAACUGCCGCAAGUUCACGCAAUGAACUGCUUGAAGGAUAUAUUCGUCAACAACAAGCUUGGGCCCCAUACUGAGGCUUUCAUCAUGCCAGCACUGACUCUUUCUGCCGAGAGAAUUGGCUCCCCAAUUUGGAAUCUUCGCAACUCCGGACUGAUGCUGUUCCGCGCUCUGUUGGUUCGGAUGUGUCGCUUUGUACUCGGCACGGGAGCUGGUUUUGGUGGCAUUUCGGGUUCUGAACCUGGAUCUAAAAUCUCGUUUCCCAAGUAUCCUGGAUUGCUUGAAUUACUAUCCAGCCUUCUUGCGCCAACUGCAGGAACCAUAGUCGAAGGGACAGACAUUGUAACUGAGCGCAUUUUCCCUGCCCUCGAAUUGAUUGGAGAGAAGGUUCCAACAUUUGAUGAUGACGAUACCCUGUUACGAGGGCUGGUUCUUGAGCAUUUCAAGAGCCCCGUUUGGGCUAUCAGAGAGCAUGCAGCUCGUGUCUACGCAUCAUUGUUAACUCGAACCAAUAUUCUCAAGGAUUCAUGCGAUCUGGUUGGUCUUUUGAAAGGUGAGGUUACUGAGAAUUAUUUGCAUGGAACAGUUCUCUGUAUCCAGUACUCACUUCGCCGCUUUGCGGCCAGUACCGAUGUGUUUUGGUCUUCCCAGCUGGAUGAGCUCCUAGUAACUAUUCGUCAUGUUUUGGCAACGAUUUUCCCACUGGCCAAAUCUCCUUUCGUUGUAACAGCACUGGUCGAGAUUCUGAAUGAUACCUUGGAGCGUGGUGUCAAGGCUGAUAUUGAAGAGCGCAUGGUCUCUUUCCUCACGAGUGUGUUUGAAGAACACGAUCUCAAUGGAGUACUGAAUGACGUUUUCGACGCCUCGCAAACAGGUUGGAAUUUGCAGAGCGGCACUCGAGCUUCUUCUCUUUUCAGAAGAGCUCUUACCUGGUGUACAAUUUCGAAAUCUUUUGCUUCUCGGGAUUGGAGUUCAAUUUCGUCUUUUUUCAAUGGAGUCGCGGCCUUCGAUGCCGAUGCUGCCAAUUGGAUCCUUGAGCGGGUCCAAGAAACACUUGGCGAGAAAGGAAUUUACCAUAGGCCUUUGGUUGAUCUCUAUUCGUCUGUCAUUCUUGGUGACUACACACCCGACGUGAAAACAGUCGCUGCUUCAAACCUCGCCUCUAUACUUGAGCAUUUAUUAAGUUCCCAAGUGAAGUUAAUUACAGAGCUGGCACCCCCUUGUGGUGAGCUGAUGCAAAGGUUCAGACCUGAUCUGGCUAUUGAAGAAUGGAACCGACAGGCUACAGAUGCAGAGCUUCGCCUACAAGGCUGUCUUCUUGCUGCCCAAGUCGUUUCGAGUGGAGAUCAAAACAUGUCUGCAUUCAAGUCUACUCUCGAUAGCUGGGCUAUCAAAUUGCGGUCGGCUCUCAGCGAAGAAACUGAAUUCACAACCCGUUAUGCCGCUGUGAUGUCUAUCCAAAGCUUUUCGCUUGGUCUCCGGCCGACUGAUAGUUCACCUCGGGUUGACGGUCCUUUACUGGAUAUCUACUUGAUUUUGUAUGAUCUGCUAAACGAUGACGACGAAGAGCUUCGAGAUGUUGCCGCAUCAACUGCAUCAUACGUACUGUCAUACUCGUCUGUUUCACCUCGCACUGCAGUUGCGCUUGGACCCUUGAAUGCCAGCUCACUUCUUGCAACUUUCAUUGCCGAUCACUACUCUGAUUCUCCACAGUUGGCCAGACGAGUUAUUCGCUACCUCACCGGUCAAAGUCAGCGUAUCAGUGGUUCCGAUGAGCAAGCUCAUCUGGUUUCAGUGGCAGAUCUCGUUACCGAAUAUUGCCAAGAGAGUACUGUCUUGUUUGUGGAGGAGAAGCAAAACCUAUUUAUUGACGAUGUGAGGGAGAUUGACGUAUGGUCAAAAGCACUUUUGCAUCUUCGUAAGGGUGCCUACCCCGAGACUCUAGUCCGACAAUUCUCCAACUGGGUCUCUGAAGGGUUGGAGUACCUCACAAAGCGGGUCACUCAGGAAGCUGGUCAGGAUGGACUUCUUGGUUGGAUUUCGAAACCCGAGUCAUUCACUCUGGGAGUUCGCAUCAUAAGUAUUUCUUCCGCACUUGCAUCCGAUGGGUUUACGGCUCCACAGUACCUGGAUGUCAAUCCUAGUAUAUUGAAGAAGCAGCUCCAAUUGCUGCUCGAUGCUGGUCGAGGUGCCUCGGUACAUGAUGACUGGCUUUCGAGAAUCCAGUCUGGGUUGAAGUCGAGCUCUUAA